AUGCUUUCUGAUGCACAAGUCAUCGCUUGGAGCUGUGCUCUUGCGUCAGAAGCUGUAGUUAUUCAGGGGCACCCAACGAGAAUAUAGUUCAAAACCACUUAAACAUAGCACUGUUAAACGUAUUUUAGUAUUUAAACGGUAGAUAUAGGCAUAUUUUUAUCCCCUAAAAAUUUUUCAUCUGUCCGGAUUUCCUAGCUGAGAGCCUAGUGAUCCGAAAAUUAUAGGGAUCAAAACUUACCUUUUCGAAAAUUUCAGCCAGAAAAAAGGCUCCCGAAAAUUCUAGGUGACCUUUUUAGGGUAAAAAUCCGUUAAAAGUAGGCAAUUAUACCAUUUUUUUGAUGUUCGAAAAUCAUAGGAGAAGCAGGCAAGCAAGAAAUUUUACAACAAAUGUUCCGAAAAUUCUAGAUCUAAAAUCGUCUUCCGAACAGAUAUUCUUCCGAAAAUUGUCGUUAGGUGCCCCUGGUUAUUGCCCUGGGAAACUUGAUCACAAUUGUUCUCUUCACAUUUAACAAGAAGCUGCGAAAUAAGAAAAGCUUAUAUCUUGUUAUAAAUAUGGCGUUUGCUGAUCUGGUGUUGGGAGGUGCAAGUCUCCCUUUAUUUGUUUAUUUAAUAACGGCGACUGGCAGUGGGUUAUAUUUUUCAGAAUUUCCAACAUUUCUUAAAAUUAUUUUUACGGUUUCCUCGAUGGCCUCGUUCACUACCGCUGCUUUGAUAUCUGCUGAAAGAUUUUACGCCAUUUUUUGGCCGCUGAACCACCGAACACUCUCCAGGCGAGCAUACAAGCUUGUUAUUUUGAUGGCUUGGACAUUGGCUACCUUAUUUUCUACGACUUAUAUAUUGCUUUUCCGCUUGAGUCCAGAAGCUUUUUACGCUUUCGCUACUUUAUACGGCUUGUUACUAAUUGUGACUAUCUGCGGUCUCAACAUCGUUAUUUGGAGAAGGAUCCAGCAAAAAUCUGUUUCUUGUCACCAAAACAGAGACAUGCAAAUCCAGCGUUUAACGAAAGCCCUGUCAUUAGUAUCUGUU